AUGGCCGUUACUCUACCUGUUUCGGUGGCUCGUGAUGCUAGUGAGCGAACGUCGUCGCUCGGACGUGUACCAAUGCAACGCCCGGACAUGGAGCUCGCGCUCCGACGGGAAAUCAACCAAGCUGUGUACGAGUACCCCGACUUUGUCAACGAGUUCUUGGCUAUGCCCGAUCACGCUCGGCGCGAUGACAUUCGGGAUACUCUAGCUUCAACACCGCUUUUCUCGUACUUAGGCAGGGACUGGACCAUUGACUGUCGGGACCUCGAAGGCCAUGAAAGCCGAGAGAUGCACACCCAGGUGGCGCGCCUUAUCAACACCAUAGCUCAAGCCGCCUUUGUUUCAGACCAAUUUCGGCCAGUGCAUCAGAAUGUCGUAGCGCUACAUAAUACCCCUAUCAAGGCCGAUGACCCAAAUGACACAGAUUCCAGUCCAGACAUUGUACAAGCAAUGCCUAGACCGGAUGGUAGACGUCACUGGGCCGAAGUUCAGUUCUUCGCAGAGUGUAAGGGCAAGAGCAUAACCAAAAGUCCCGAGGAACAACUCAGCGAUGCUCUAUUGCAGGUUGCCCGUUACGCCCGCGCGACACUGAUUCAUCAGAUAGAGCGCCUCUACGUCUUUUCCAUCAUCACCUACGGUACCGACGCUAUCUUCGUACGCCUCGGACGUACAAGCAUCCUUCAUUCGCCCCCGUUUAAUCUAAAGGAAAACCUCUCUGCGUUUGCUCUGGCUGCUGCUGGUCUAUUCGCACUGCCGCCCAACUUGUUUGGGUACGACUGCCGGUUUUACUACUGGCCUCGCUUGACUGGAUUGGCCGACGACUACAACGGAGAGCGAGAGAUUCGGAUCAAGAUUGAGAAACGGCGCUGGGUCGUAUUGGAGAUCCUCUGUCAGAGGAAAUGCCUCGUCGGUCGCGCAACGCUCGUGCUUUUGCUUUCUCGUGUUCAAAAUCGUCACCAGCGGGUAGUACUGAAGAUCAUCUGGCGUGAAAAAUCGCGUACGGACGAGGGAGAAAACCUUGCGAACUUUCGAGGAUGGCCCGGCAUAUGUCAGUGUGUUUGGAGUGAAGUCGGUCUCUCUACCGCAGUUCACAACAAAGACGCCUUGGUCAUUUCACCCCUUAUGAAGAGCUUUUAUCCUCCGCUGGCAAACGCGAAGGCAACCGAAAUUCGCGCCAGCGUCUCUGGCGGCUCUGUGCGGUCCGUAACCUCUCGCAUCUCGUACGCCACAUAUAGCCAGAGUCGUUCGUGGCUUCCGGAGGACCGCAUGCUUAGUACUAUCAUGAUGGACGAGGGCUUUGCACUUUGGAGAGUUGAACGACUUCCCCACCUUCUUAGGAUACUUAGAGAUAGUGUAGUUGGGCUAGCUGGAAUUGUUGAGCAGGGAAAGGUUCAUCGGGACAUUAGCGAGGGAAACAUCUUAUGUAGUCGAUUACCCAAUUCAACGGAAGGUUCUAACGGUAAUCUCUCGGAUCAUUUUGGGAGCGCACCAGCCAACAAUCCCAAAGAUUACUCUGAUGCGGAUAUUACUUCCGACUCCGAUACGGACUCGGAUACAUCAGACGCACUGAGCAUAUUCUCGGACGACCGUUCAGAGAGCUCAGCUGACACCGAGCUAAACCAACUCCCACUCCAGCCCGAGGAAGGGAUAAUAAUCGCAAACGAACGUCAAGCUUACAUUCAACAACGGUAUGGGGAAUCAUGGCCGGCAGGGAGAUUAUAUGAUCUUGAGGUCAUGGUAAAGGAGGAUCGACCUGACAACGAGGCUCGGAGGAUGGAACGAACAGGUACGCCGGCCUUCAUAUCAGCUCAACUUUUGCUUGCCACGGACCAGAAGCCAGUGCGUCAUACGUACCUACACGAUCUCGAGUCGAUAUUCUGGGUACUUGUUUGGAUGACUGCAACCCAUGUGGAACCCGGCCAAAAGCGAAAUGCAGAGGCGGAAAGACUGAUCGGAAAACUAUGCCGACGUGAUGACGAAACCUUGGGGGAGUUCAAGCGUGGAUUCGUUACUUCGGCGAAGCGGGCACACAAGACUAUUAUCGAAUUAGACAAUGGCUGGAACAAGGCUGCGCGAGUCGUUUUCGAAUUCGCGUUACUUCUCGACGAGCACAUCUACGAUAAGGAAGGUGGUCCAGCCCCCGAAUCAGAUGACGAGGAUACGGUAGUUGUUAACCCCCAGACAACUGUGAGCCAUGCUAGCCCGUGGCACAUCCUCAAAUCGGUCAUUGACAUAUUCGACAAAUGGAUUGCGAAGAUGGAUGUAGCAUAA